AUGGGGGAUUCAGUUCCGCCGGAGCCAGCUCCGAAACCUGGAAGAGUUACUGUUUACAGGGCACUUUAUGACUACAAAGCUCGAUCGGAAAGAGAAAUGUCUUUUAAUGAAGGCGAUUUACUGUAUGUAACUGAUGGUUGUGUUUAUGAUGAUUGGUUAAGCGCACGUUGUGGUGGUGAAACCGGACUUAUUCCAAAGAACUAUGUAAAGAAUGCCGAAUUUAUUGCUUACCCGAUGCAUGAUGCAGCAAAACGAGGAAAUAUCAGCUUUGUUAAGGAAUGCCUAAAUAAUGCUGUUUCACCGAACGGCUUGGAUAAAUCUGGAUCAACACCUUUAUACUGGGCCAGUUAUGGCGGUCAUGUAGAUAUCGUAAAAUUACUUGUCGAUUUACCAAAUAUGUCCAUAUCAGCACAGAACAAACUCGGCGAUACCGCCUUACAUGCAGCUGCCUGGAAGAGCCAACCGCAGUGUGUUCAACUGCUGCUUGAGCACGGAGCUAAAACAACAAUACGGAACAAUCAGAACAAAUAUCCCAUCGAUAUGGCCAAAGAUCCGGAGUGUUGUGCUUUAAUACAGGUAGCUAUGCGUACGCCAGUAGAGACUGAGAAAAAUGAAUACCUUUCUGGAUCCUCGGAAGACGAAUCCUAA